GCCCAGCACACUCCGCCAGCCAAAGCUAGCCAGAGCUCCCCCUCAUCUGACUGACCAUGCGCAUCUCUGGAGUGUUCCGCGCUGCGCUGCUGACUGCGGCCGCCGUCUCGGCCUUCUCGCUGCCCGCCUCCACGGAGGCCAACACGUUGGCUGUCAACUCGGAGAACACCGUUGCGGCGUUCGACGCCUCCAUGAUCAACGCGGCGCACGAAACGCGUGUGCUGGCCGCUCACGUCGUGGACGACGACGACGACGACGACGUCACGAAGGCCCCCAAGAAGACCAAGAAGAAAAAAUCGUCAGAUUCGACAAAGGCCCCCACCACCACCAAGAAGAAGAAGAAGACUAGCGCCGCCGAGGAGGAGGCUGAGAAGGAAGCCAGCACCACGGAGGCCCCAAAGAAGAAGAAGAAAAAAUCGACGACUUCUGCGCCCGCGACAGCUGAGGAGGAGGAGGAGCGCACGACGUCCUCCACCACCACUAAGACUCCUUCCGCUGUGAAGAAGUCGACCAAGACGACGGAGGAGGUUGAGGAGACCCCGGAGCCUGUCAUCGAAUCGAGUGUGAACGACAAGAAGAUCAAGGGUGACAAGAACAAUGGUGUUAUUGACCACUCUUCGGAGGGUAGCGCCGAAAUCGACAAGAUCGACCUGCGCAACGAGGACGGCUGGGUGAGCGUGUACGAUGACCCUCCGCUGCUUGUCAUCAAGGCUUCGUUGUACGCUUUCAUCUCGUACAACGACACGGAAGUGUGCGACACCUUCAACAUGACCAUGAACGCUGUGGAGCAGAAGGCUGAGGAAAACGGACGCUUCUCGUACCACGUGGUGGCCUACAUCAACUGCACCAAGAACGGCGAGGACGAGACCCAGGGUCGCUUCAUCCUUAACUUCAUCCCGGAGGGCAAGCGCUUGCUUCUGACUGAGUGCGGUCAUCGUGAGGAGGGCGAGAUUGUCAACUGGCUGCGUAUUCAGGAGGAGGUGCCCGAGUGCAUGACGCCCUCGCAGCGUAAGAAGUUCCUUGCUCAGCCCAUGAAGCACAUCCACGCCAGCAACGGCACUGCCGGCGAGACUGAGGCCGUCCAGACCGACUUCCUGUCCCGACUGGAGGAGUUCGAGCCAGAAGAGGUUGCCAUCGCUGGAUCUGCUACUGUUGCGCUUAUCGCUGUCAUCAUCGUGCUGGUCGUCUUCGUCAUGCGCAAGCGCAAGGCCCAGAGAGACCUGGAGCGUACCAUUGCUGGUGCCAAGGCCGAGCACGCUGUCGAGGACGACAACCUGCAGACGGAGACCGAGGAGAAGACCACCAAGGAGCGCAAGGGUCUCAUGGACAGCUCCAAGGCCAAGAGCGACGACCCCGACAUGGAGGAGGGCUCGUUCGUGAACUCGCCCGCUGUGCGCGUGUAAACCUAGCUGCGUUUUUCGACUUGGUGGUUGGCUUCUCGAGGACGAGUGCAGAAAUCGACCGUAGAUUUUGAACUGGGAGACAUGAGUUGUAGCUGUAGCUAGCUUCCUUGCCGGCUUCUGCUGGCCUCGAGAUGUCUGCGCUUGCCUACCUGCAUUGCAAUGCGCAAGGUUCCAAUGUGUUCUAAUGCAUUUUUUGUGUUGAAAUAUAACCGCGCAGUUUUCCUCUUGUUU